CUCAACCUCGCCGGUGAAUACAUCGGCUAUGGCCUCCAGCUCGAUGCAGCCCGCUAGGGUAACGAAAAAUUUGAUGCUGAAACCGGACAUGACCUUGAAAGGCCAUGAAGAUACGGCAAGAGAAUGGUCAGCGCAUCGUAUGACAAGACCACUCGACAGUGGGACCUGCAGACUGGCAAGGAGAUUGAGGAGGCGCGGCACGUUUGCGAGCAAGAAAUGCGGACGAUGGCAUUGUCUCGGGAUGGUCGAUGGGUUGUCACUUCGAGUACGGUUGCUCCAGACAUUAAAGUCGAAGAGCUCGAAGCCCGUGAUGUUGAGACGAGGAUCGUGAAAACAUUUGAAGGUCACUUUAAUUGGAUCCGUUGCAUCGAUGUCUCUGCGGACGGGACACUGCUGGUGGGCGGGUCAUGGGAUGAUGGUGUACUGAUAUGGAGUAUGGAAACUGGCAAACUUGUGGCUGGUCCAUUCCGAGUCAGAGCUACCAAUAGAAGUCCACAUCCACCCUCGAUCGGGGUGGUUCGAUUUUCGCAAGACUCGAAGAAGUUCGCAAUCUCGUCAGACACAGGGAGGCGGCUUGAGGUGUGGGAUGUCCAAACACAGAAAUUGGAUGUCAGAGUAGGGGAAAUCGGUGGCGGGACAGUAAUAAACACGCCAAUAUUCUGGACAACCAAAGACAAAUCCAUCGUAGCCGUAUUUGAUUUCAACGACAAGAAGGAACCCGACUUGGACUCAGAUGGGUUUCGUGGGCCGCCGCCGUGGGAGGACCUCAACACAAUCUACGAAUUUGACGCAUUGACGCUGGAGAUUGUCGGAGCUCCCUUCGAAGGGCACACCCACCCUAUUUUUGGUUUAGCACUUUCAUUUGAUUGUUCUCUUAUCGCCAGCGCUUCUAAGCACACCAUCAAGCUAUGGGCCUUCGAAUCCCGCCAGCUCCUCGCUUCAUUUGACGACCGUGUCGACUGCUUGAUCUUCUCACCCAGCUCUCACCAACUAGCUUACACCAAAUGGGGUGACACCAACAUAUACAUUUACGACCUUCCACCCGACAUCCUUUCUAGUGUCUGGCCUGCACAAGAUGCACAGCCUAAGGUAUGUAUUCCCUUGCAUGUACUAUCUAUCUGUUGAUUCUCUUCCAGACAACCAAAAAUCCUGACCUACUCAACUCCGAUGCAACACCCCGUCGUAAGCCAGCGAUAGUUCCCGUUCCCC